AUGGUGACACAUAAAAGACAUUCAUCCUUUCACGAACGAGUUCCUUCUGCUCAUGUUUUUUUUCAGUCAAUCUUUUUCCUUCUUCUUCUGUUUUUAACCAUAUACGAAAUUACUUCAAUGACGAAUAUAGAUGAGGAAAAUAAGUCAAAAACCGGCGUUUUGGAGCAAAUUUAUGUACAUGAUGUUUAUAAUCGACUUGGCUCGACGAUCUUAACGCAAGAUACGGUAGUAUGGCCGAAAGUUCGGAAAUUCCUCAAUCGAAUCGGCUCACAGUAUCAACAUGCCUUAGUUGCUGAUGUUGGUUGUGGCAAUGGCAAAUAUGUUAAACUUAAACCUGAUCUGUUUGCGAUUGGCUGUGAUCGUAGUGAUCAAAUAUGUGAAAUAGCCCGAGAGAAAUAUACUCAGAUACCAAUUAUAAUUGCGGACAACCUUUAUCUACCAUAUCGAGAUAAUUUAUUUGAUGCAGUCCUUUCUAUUGGUGUUAUUCACCAUUUAACGACACACAAACGACGUGUACAAGCUAUUCAAGAAUGUCUGCGAAUUUUGAAUCCAAAUGGGGGUCAAUUAUUAAUCUACACUUGGGCAAUGGAACAAAAACAUCGAAUAUUUUCUAGUCAAGAUGUUCUCAUUCCAUGUAUUAAUCAUCAAGCACGUUCAGAUAUCAAUCCAGAUAAAAAUUCUCGGCCGACAAGCCCUUACUCAAUGGAUGAGAAUUUCAUGUCUCCAGUAGAACAUGGCUCACCAGGACGAACAACACCAUCCAUUCUGGCGUCUGUUCAAAAUCUAUUCCAACGAAUUGUUCGACCAUCAUCAUCAACUCCGUCCACACCGAAGUUAUCUCAUCAAGAUCUUUCAGCAUUUCGCAUACGUCCAUUUCCCAUGAGUUCAUGUUGCAAUGAACCAGUGAAUACUAAUCCGUAUAAUAAACGUUUCUAUCAUGUAUUCAAAUAUGGCGAAUUAGAAAUGCUUAUCGAAGAAGCAGCAAAAGCGAUCGUCGGGUCGAAAAUAGUCAAAUCAUACUACGAUCAUGGCAACUGGUGUGCUAUUGUACAAAAAGAUUUGGAUAUCAGUUGA